GGGCGCGGCCAGCGAUCCUUCGUUUGUGGUUGCCACAGUCUUUACCGGCAUUCAGACUGUCACUUGGUGCAUUCUGGUCUCAGAGACAUAUCUGCAAAGUGUGCAUUCCUCGCCGAAAUGACCGUGACUCGGUCCCAAACCGGCAAGGCGCCUCAAAAGUCUACUGUACCAGAAGGCUUCGUCGAGACGCCGGGAAGGAAACGCAGGGCGCAUAAGUCAGAAGGGGACAGUGACCGGUCUUCAUCACCCCUCACCAACGGCCAUGCGCCAGGCGCAGAACCCAUUGUGAAGGUCAACAAGGCUGAACAGGAUGCAGCUAAGAAGGAUGCGAAGAAGAUGUCGAACGGCCAUGCUAAUGGCAUGCCGAAAGGCAGAGUCAUCGAUGGCUGGUUAGAAGGCUCAGACCCCAAAGUCGACCUAAACCCUCACUUCGACUUUGGGGGCAGCUGGGGCGUGAGCGCAAUGAUGCUCGGCUUCCCGGUGCUGAUGUGGUAUAUGUGGGUUGGAGCCACCUACUACGAUGGCAAGUUUCCAUCUGAACCGAACAUGACUUUAGCGGAGUAUUGGCGACAUAUGGUGCAUUUGGCUUACACCGGCGCAUAUCCGAGCCUUAAGGCAUGGCUCAUCUACUGGGUCUUUCUUGUCGGACAAGGUGUUUUGUACUUGACCAUGCCAGGUGUCUACUCCACUGGCAAACCACUCCCACACGAAGGAGGCCGACAACUCCGCUAUUACUGCAACGGCGUCACUUGCUUCUACUUCACCAUCUUCUUGGCCGGCGUGCUGCACUUCACCGGUCUCUUCAAGCUCUACACUUUGAUCGACGAGUUCGGUCCCAUCAUGAGCGUGGCCAUCAUCUCCGGCUUCAUCGUAAGCGUGAUCGCAUACAUCUCUGCCAUCUGGAGAGGCGCGGAGCACCGCAUGACCGGCUACCCCGUCUACGACUUCUUCAUGGGCGCUGAGCUCAACCCUCGCAUGUUCGGUUGGCUGGACUUCAAGAUGUUCUUCGAGGUCCGUCUGCCGUGGUUCAUGCUCUUCCUCACCUCCCUCUCAGCCGCCGCACGUCAAUACGAAAAUUACGGCUACGUUACCGGCGAGGUCGGCUUCCUGCUCAUGGCGCACUUUCUCUACGCCAACGCCUGCUGCAAAGGCGAAGAAAUGAUCGUUAUAACGUGGGACAUGUACUAUGAGAAGUGGGGCUUCAUGCUCAUCUUCUGGAACUUGGCCGGUGUGCCGCUGAGCUACUGCCACUGCACCAUCUAUCUUGCCAACCACGACCCGAGCGUCUACGCCUGGCCCAAAUGGUUCCUCGUCAUCCUCUACACCUCUUACCUCUUCGUCUACUACGUGUGGGAUACCGCGCAAUCGCAGAAAGCAAUGUUCCGCGCCUCGGAACGCGGGUACCAAGUUGACCGGAAAUCCUUCCCUCAGCUCCCGUGGAAGGAGAUCAAGAAUCCGCAAAAAAUCGAGACGGAUACCGGCGACAGCAUCCUCGCCGAUGGAUGGUAUAAAUAUGCGCGCAAGAUCCACUAUACCUGCGACAUGUACUUUGCCUUGACAUGGGGUCUGAUUACGGGUUUCAAGUCCCCGUUCCCGUGGUUCUACCCGGUCUUCUUCUUCGCAAUGAUUGUGCACCGAGCGUAUAGGGAUAUUCAGCGGUGUCGGGAGAAGUACGGGGCGGCGUGGGUGGAAUAUGAGAAGAGGACGCCAUGGUUGUUCGUUCCGUACGUUAUCUAAAAGUUUGCGGUUUUGGCGAGGGCGAGUUGUGAUGGAAGGUUUGGGCAACUUCACGAGGCGCGGCCGAGCUGCCUGUUGCCGCAAGUACCCGGCGGUCGAAAGGCUGCUCUUUCGCAUUUGUUGUUGGCUGUCACCAGUAGUGUACAGCAGAUGUACUAAUGUAUACCGGC